AUGGAACUGGAAAAGUUUCCCCAAGAAGUCUUCGAGACAGUCCUGAAAUUCCUUGAUCUCAACACAAUCAAAGCUCUUCGCCUUACAAACCGAAGGCUCUCAGAAAUAUGUAUUGGACCCCGCUUUCUAGGCUUCAUUCAACAACCAAGUCUCGAUGUAUCACCGCAGAGUUUUCGUUCCCUUCAUUCAUUGGCGUGCAACCCUGCCCUUAGCAAAGUGAUCCAUUCAUUGAAAUUUGUGGCCACAAGCUUCGACUCUACCGAAUUGGCGAAGAAUGUGGCAUCCGGAAAAUACGUGGUCCGAACGGUCAAGGGACCAUUUUUUGAAGCCACCACUAUGAAAUACACCCCCGAGGAACUUUUCAACGCCAAUUCCGACUUAGAGUGGUUGAAAGAAAAGCAAGAGCUCCGAGCCAGUGAAUCAUCAAGUGAGAUGAUUGGACUUCUUCGAAUCGCGCUCCAAAAAUUUAGCGGGUUGGAAUUCAUUCAUUUAGAUGGCGCCGUCAUCACUGGGCCAAGAUGCACGCAGAGAAAGUCGACAGAACAUGGAGAGUGGCAUCCGCUCUGGAUGAGAGCCUCUCAUGUACUCUCUUUGGUUCUGACAGCGAUGGUGCAGAGCGGGGUCUCGGUGAAGAAACUUGAUGUCUAUCGCAACACUCCUAGAUGCUGUAUUCCAUCUGGUCAUAUUACAUCCUAUGUAUCAGGUCUCAGUCCCAACCAGCUAGCGGGAUUGAGCAAAGAUUUGGUAUCGUUCGCAAUCAGUCUUUCUGCGGAGAUACAGACCGUGGUUGAAUUUGACGAUUCUGAUGAUGAUGAGUUGAGUGAAUAUGAAAAAGCGUCACGCACAACAUUUGGUUCUUCAAAGGGUCAUUUAACUUGUGAAGAUCCGCGUGCAACGUUGGCCAACGGGACGCAGGGAGUGACUUCUCUCCUCAAAUACGCAUCGUCUCUGCAAGAGCUGGAUUUAUCCUUCCGCCAUGCUCUUUAUGGCAAGCGACUGGAUAGCUAUGAUCGAAUUGUUGAAAAUAUUGCCUCCGAAGCCCAGUUCCCGAAGCUGCAGCACUGCGCCUUUUCCGGCUUUUUCGCAAAAGAAGAGUCUAUCUUAUUACUUCUCCAGAAACAUCCCGACAUUCGCUCUCUGAAGUUACAUGACUGUGAUUUGACUGCUGGUUCAUGGACUCCGAUAUUUGGCCAUCUAAGCCGAUCGAUGCCAGCGCUUGACAACCUCGACCUUUCGAACUUGAGUGGAAAUCAUAUGACCCACCGAAAGCGUCCAACAGGAGUAGACCACCCGGGUGUAAAUAACACAGAGCAAGAGCAAGAAAUGGUCUUGUUGGAAGUCGGUGGCCUGGUGAGCUUAUACCCAGUAUGGGAUACCGAGCCACGAUCGCGUUUGAGAACAUUAUCCAAGGGUGAUACGUAUAUUGUGCACACCAGAAGCUUCAAUCAAGAAGAAUUGAAGAAAGGGCUUGUUUUUCGACCAGAACCUGGAGGUAGAACAAAGGGCUCCGCUGAGGGUAUGUGGUGGGGAAGGUCUCGACAAGCACUUUACGGAUGCCCAUAG